CUGCCUCCACCCUACCACCUCUAACAAUUUUAGGACUAACAGGGCUGGCAUAUCUGGGGGCAUUGGCCCCAGGAGCCUCUGAGAGGAAGCCAGGGCAGAGCAAAAGGGUAGGGGUCCUGCUUCCUGGAAGAGGGUGAAGCAGCUGUGGAAAUACAGGGGACUGUGCAGAAGCAUGUACUCUGAGAGGCCCAUGCCAGCCCACGCAGAGGAAGUGGGCGAUCUGGUCCACGAAGGGGCUUCCGCAGCUCAGGGGGAGCAUCCCAGCUGCUUAGCGGUGUCCACCUGUCCUCAGCUCCUGGGCGCCUCAUGACAACAAGGGACAGACAUCAGUAUCAUGGAACCCUUUCCACAUCUGGAAGAACAGCAAAAUGACAUGGCCAAGGUCCCUGGACUGAGCCUGUGGCAUGGCACCUCCACCGCACCCCUAGCUCCAGUUGCCAACCUUUAAAAUCAGCAAAUUUGCCAAAAAAUCCAGAUUUCUGGCUUCUUGGGAAAACUGGAGGAGCUGACCAUACUGGGCCUGCCUUGCGGCAUUCCAUCAGCCCGACUAAGGUGCCUCCACGUCCUUGAGAGUACUCUUCAGGAGCCAUGAGUACAGACGGCCCCAGCCCCCUCACCUUCCUCACAGCUCCUGUCACUCCGGGGAUCCCCUUGGCAGCAGCGGGCCCCCUCCCCGUGCUCAUUGCCUUGGCCUGCAUCUUUCUCCUCCUGGCCACCUGCCUGCUAUUCAUGACGUUCUGCAAACCAGCCGCACUGGACCCGAGCCGCCAGGCUCGCGAGUGCAUGCCCCACCACCCCGGGAGCUCCAGUGAGCCCCAGCUCCGGCUCUGGAAACGCCUGGGGUCUCUGCGCUGCUCCCUGCAUAGCUUCCGCCGUGGCCGGCCCUCUCCUCGACGUCCUCUGCCAGACCACGAGGACAACCAUGGCUGGGACUGCACAGAAUCUACCAAGAUGUGAUGAUGUGAAGGGGUUCCCCCCUCUCUUCCAGGAUCUACCCACAAUCCUCCUCCCUCAUACACAGCAUGGCACCACAGGCUGCAGGAGGGCAGCGGCCCACACGCCCUGGGCCAUGUGCUAGCCCCCGGUGGUUCCCUGUGUGCCAGGCCCAUGGCCUUUCUCAGAGACAGUCCCUGGAAGAAUACCUUCCUCUCUGCAGACCUUCUAGCUGCUGCCUGCUGAAAGAUUGCUGGAUCAAUUGUGGAGAACCUGCAGCCAUCUGGAUGCAUGGUCCGUGGCUCUGAACAGUACAACCUGGCUCCCCAGGGUCCGUCUCUGGCAACCAGGUGCCUACCAUGCCCAGGAACCAGUGCCCUUGCUUCCCAGCAGAAGCCCUGCCCACUCUCCAAUGCCAAAACCCAGCUUGGAUUCCAGCGUGAGUUGCCAAAUGGUCAACGUUUUCCUACAGCCAAGCAAAAUACUCAGCCCACACUGAGGGCAUGAUACUGUUCUGCCCUCUGGGCCAACUCAGAACCCAAGGCAGAAGAGAAUCCAGGGACUCCUCUCCUCAGAUGUCCUGGGCCCUGCCAGCAUUCACCCAGUAAUCCAGAGGAGCAGCUGGCACCCUUGGUGGAGGGGCAGGUGAGGCUCUCGAGACAUCCUAGCUCUUGUGAUCUUGUUGGUCCCCCUUCAAGGCACCCACGUCAGGAUGGCUCAGGAAGGGCCUGAUGAUGCAUUAAGAAGUUCCUUGCAGAAGCCAGGACGGUUGCUGCGUCAGAGUGACAGGAUGCACUGUCAGCAGCUGGAGGUGAUGCCACCUAGGAUCUGAGGCUACACCACAGUGGCUUCAUGCCUUCAUCAAGGGAAGGGGGCAGCCUCCCCUUGGGUGGGAGGGUCCAGACCUCUCCAGGACAGCUGUGGAACCUCAGGUCUGGACCUCACUAGGAUGCUGUCUUUUUGGUGAUUGCCUCGUUGACUGACUACCUGCUGAAGCAAUCCCACCCCAGGGUGGGCUUCUCGGGAUCUCUAAUCCUCAGCCUCUCCCCACAAGGCCAGGGUUCUAUACUUUGGUUGGAUCCCACAUUUGGAGAAUAGGCAGAGGGGGUCUGACCUGCCUAGCUCCUGCCCUAGAGAGUCAGCUGGCCAGAGCCACCUUGUGCUCUGCCACGGGGCUGUCCACUCAACCCUGCUCUGACCCACAGUGCAGCCAGCCAGGUCUCAAGGACUGAGCUCUAGUUUUACCACGUCCCAGCAACAAAUCCACUACUGACUCCCUACUGCUGGCUGGAUAAAGCCAGAGCUCCUUAGUCGGGUGUUCAGUGACCUCUGGGAGCGGCCUCCGAACUAUCUUUCUAGCCUCAUCUUGCCCCAAGACAUGAAGCAAACUGCACUGCAUAUCCUCCCCUGGCUGUGCCUUAUGCUUCACAAGGCACGUCCUCAGCGAAGCCCUCUUUGUCCUCCAGCUGAAAGCCACCUCCUGCUUGGAGCCACCCCUAUUCCUAGCACCUCUGGGAAGGAAGGCAGGCAGGGGUCACUUCCUCUUGGCAGUGUGGGUCAUCCUUGUCUAUGUCUUCUCCUUCCUAUGAUCCCGGGAGCUUGCAGAGGGUGAGAGUGUGUCCAAACUCUUCCUCUGCCUUACCAGCUACAGCAUGGAAAGUAUGAGGGUCUGUUCAGAGAGUGAAGGGAGGCCUAGUAGGGGUGCAUCCCCCUCCACUCCCCCAAAGCCUAAGGAGUCCUGGGGAAGCCCUCUUCUUCCCUCGGAUGCCUCUAGAGAGAAGCUCUCUCUGCGAGCAGGCCCUGUUGGAGAAGCCUUCCUUCCAGGUCAAUGUGACAUCAGAGGGUAAGUCCCACUUAGCCAGAAACUUACUUCCAGGGCCUUGGAGAAGUCGCUAGUUCCUGAAUUUCUCCUAGAAAUGGGGAGAAUCAGGGCUACCUUGUCUUACUCAUGGGUUCUAGGAUUUCUGCCCGAGGAGUGUUGUGUAAUAGAAAACAAUUCUUCGAGUUUAGAAAGUAGGGCAGGCCGCCUCCCAAAGGGCUGUUGCCCCCUCCCUUCCACCCUGUUAGCCUCUUCCUGGUUCCCUCUCCUAGGGCCUCCCUGAGAGAUCCCAGGUGAAGUCUGCCUACAGUCAGUCACCCUGUCAUCCCCUGGCCAGGUGCCCUGCUUGGACCUCGCUGUUCUCUUCCUGGACACUAGGGGUGAUGGGUAAGGCUGCCCUGAGGCCUGAAGGAGAAGGAAAGGCUGGGGAUGGGGCGGGGGGCUCUCAAAGGUCUGGCCUUGCCACCAGGUGUGUUCCCAGGCUGGCCCUGGGAGACCUGGCAGUGACCCUGAGUGGUAGGUAUUACGCUAGGGCUCUGCAAGCCCAGGAGUGGAGGCCCAGAGGGACGGAACCUCCCCGUUCCUCUUUCUGGAACCAGCCCCAGACCCUUGCAAAUGCCCAUGGCUUCCUUGACUCUGGGUGCCACUGGGAGUCAGGAUCCUGCUCUGAGACCUGUUCCUGCCCCCUUCCGGGUCCUGCUGCAGGAGGGCAGGCACACUCCCAGCCUCCCGAGCUCGGAGCCCGCCCUAGAGGACAGGCCUGGAUUUGCUGUGUUUGGCUCAGCCUCCAAGUCGGAAAGCUUUGCUGCUGAAGAGGGUAAUUCAUUCCUGGCUCCCCUCCCCGCCCAGCAACUGAGGCCUCCCGGCGCUGGGGGAGGGCGUCCCAGCCUCGUUUUCAGGUCCUGCCCAUUCUCCCUCUGAGUCUGCUCCCUUUCUUCUUGUGUCUGUUUACUUCCCAAAAGGGGAGCUUCGGCCAAGGGCCCCAUGAAAGCCGCUCUGUUCUGGGCCUCGCUGGGCCCAGGCUCUCUCCUUAACGCCUUUCCGGGAAAAUGUGACAUUGCCAUCUCCUCCCGGCUCUGAAAG